CAGCAAUUGCCAGUUAUCGAUAACAAAGCUCGCGCGGUCGGUCACACUGUUGCAAUAUUUGAAAAGUACGUCGCGUCAUGUACAAAUGUGAUAUAUGCAAUAAAAGCAGUGCUAACGAGGAUACAGAUGAUGUCUUGCUAUAUGGCGAAUGGAUGAUCAAGCAGAAGGUGACGGUGCACUAUUAUUGUCUGCUGCUGUCCACGAAUUUGCCCCAACGCGGCGGCGACUCCAGCGGCAUUCUGGGCUUUUUGCUGCGCGACAUACGCCAGGAGGCGGCCGCCGCCCAGCAGCGCAAAUGCGCCUUUUGCAAGGAGAAAGGCGCCAGCGUCGUUUGCUACAAGUGUCGCAUUGUUUUUCACAUGCCUUGCGGCUUGGAGAAUCGCUGCAUAUAUCAAUUUUGCGAUGAAUUUCGCAGCUACUGCGAGCACUGCAUGCCGCUGGACGACUACCAGCAGCAGCUGAUGAACAAUCCACCCAAGGAUGCCUAUUGCGACAUCUGUUUCCGUGCCAUUUCACCAUUCCUGCUGCACAACGUCACGUACGGUGAUUGCUGUCGCAAGGGAUUCGCGCAUCGGACGUGUAUGCGACGCUAUGCGCUCGCCUCCGGCUACUAUUUGCGUUGUCUGUGGUGCCGGGACAAGAAGUUCCACGACACGAUACGGCUGCAGUCGGUGUUUGUGCCGGACCGCGAUGCCACGUGGGAGCGUCAGCCGAAUGCGUACAGCGAGCUGCACAGCAAGCGUUUGCGCUGCGAACAGACUGUGUGCCUGUGUCCCAAUGGACGGGAUUACCACAGACACAGCUGGACCAUACAGCUGUGCAUACUGUGCGCCGCCACGGGCACCCAUCUCAAGUGUCGUGUGGGCACAAUGCGCUUGGUCCGCACCUAUGGCGUUGAGCCAAACGACUUUAAAUGCAUCUCGUGCAUUGAGGUCGAGCAGAAGCUGAUCCAUGGUCAUCACAACUAUUCCGGCCAGAGGGUGCCGCACAAGCCGAGCUGGGAAACGGCAGACGAACAAAUAGAUGCCUCCUAUUAUAUGCCCAAAACGUGCUGUGAACUGAGCAUAGCGCCGGACGAGGAUUCGCCGGUGCUCUCCGACGAGGAUGCCACGUCCAAUGAGGCGAGUGUGAUAACAGUUGUGCCUUCGCAGCGCCUGUCAACACAAAGUUGUCCACGUUUCAGUCAAAGCUUUGCCAAAUCGCCGCCAGCCGCACUCCUAGCGGACCAAACCGUCAUCGAGCUGGCGGACUCGCAGAUCAGUUCCACACAGCAGCUAAGAUGCUCCCUAAAGCCGCCUCUGCUGCUGAACGAAUCCUUCACUUGCGGCGGAUACUUCUAUCUGGUGGUCUACGAGUACAAUGAACAUCAGAUGGAUCUGUGCACCGGCACCUGCACACUGCGCUUCGCUGCGAACGAUGCUCGUCUGGGGGAUCGCUCGGUGGAGGCGCUGCAGCACCUGCCGCUGCUCGAAACGGACGUUUGGUUUCGCGACAGCAAUCGUGGCAUCUAUGACAAGAUCGAUCAAUAUACCAAAAGCUAAGCCUACAAAAUAUACAGAGAUACGUGGCACAUGAGAGCUAAAAACUGUCUCUUGCCAUUUCUUGAUAACGGGAUGAACGGGUUGAGGCAUCCAAAAUGUAAAAUAUCUGUGCGGGAUCUGUGCGACCUAUACAAGAAUUAACAUACCAAAUUUGGUGGCUCUAGCUUUAAAAUUAUUCGAGUUAUGCCUCAAAACCGAUUUCUAUCGAUACUAUAAAAAAUGAAAAAUAACAAGAAAACAAAAUUAGACUCAUCUUAUAUUAUAUAUUUCAAAUUUGAAGUCAUGAGCUUCCGAGAACGAAACGGAAAUAUGCUCAAAAGAAAUCUCUCAAAAGCGAUAUAUGUAUAUCGAUAUGGGAAAAACGUUGGCAGGAAUAGAAUAUUUUGAAAUAUAUAUAAAAGAACACAGAUUAACCCAAAAGAUCAGCUAUGUUCGUCACAAAAAGUGCUUUUAAAUCAAAGUCUUAGCUCCGAUCGAUUGUUGGAGGAAUGUAAGAGAAGCUGGCAAUUGCUGACUUUCGCCCAGAUGUCUUGAUAAACAGAAAUUUGAGAUACAAAACAAAUUUCUAAACCAGUUCUUUCUACAAAUAUAUAUCACAGUAGUCCGAUAUUGCUUUAACACCAAGUCUCGUUAAGAUAACAUGAAAAAUAAUAGUUUCUGAACGUGUCUACAGUAUGUGAUAUAGCAAUCUGAUCCGGUCAACCUUGAAAUGUGUGCAACCUGCACAGAAAGACGGCACCAUACAAAGUUUCAGGAUACGGAUCAAGAAUAUAUAUAGACGUGACAAUAUUUUGUACAAGGGUUUACGAGUUUGAAGUCUUCAGCUGCCUGCUGGCAUAUGGCGAAUAUAUAUAUAUAAUUACAUGGAUCGGAGAUUAAAGUAGAAGAGCGUCGCAUUUUCGAUUAACGAGUCCCAUCAGUAAAUAAAAUGUCAACAAUUUGUAUUACAAUAAAAAUAAACAAAAAAUCGAGUUCGAAAA